AUGGAUAACAUUGGAAGUAAUAUGAGUGAAGUUGUUGAAUGUAGAGAAAAUACUGAUGAUUUUGGUAUGAUUGAAGUGCCUGACUGUUAUGUUACUUUGGAUGACCCUACUAAAAGUCCUAUGGACGUCGACCCAACAGUACAUAUGUGCUUUCAUUCAAUGCAGGAAGCAAAAAAAUUUUACACGAACUAUGCUAUUAGAAGUGGUUUUACUGUGCGCACAAGAACAUCAAAAAAGGAUGAGAACAAUAAUGUGAACUACCUCAGAUUAGUGUGCUCUAGGGAAGGUAAAUAUGUAUCCUCAAUCAACCCCGAAGUUAAAACACUUCCCAGACAAACCAAACAAUGUCCAGCUGGAAUAACGAUUUCAAAGAAGGACGACAGCCAUGACCUAUGUCCAACUACUUCAAAGUUAAUUCCUGGGAAUAGGAAAUUGAGCAUGCAAAGCAAACACACUUUGGACGUGAAUGAGGAAGCUAGAGUGCGGAUUAAUAAGAGUUAUCUUAGUAUAAUGACCGAUGCAGGUGGAUAUGAUAACAUGGAAUUUACGGAGCGAGAUGCUAGGAACUACAUUGGUAAACAUAGAAGAUCCUUAUGUAAGGACGGUGAUGGACAAGCAUUGUUACGACACUUUUCGGCAAAGAAAGAUUUGAACAAAGAUUUCUAUUACGAGAUUGAGUUGGAUGAAGGCAAUAGAAUUUGUUCUGUUUUCUGGGCAGAUGCGAGAAGUAGAGCAGCUGCUGAAGAAUUUGGGGAUGUGUUGUGUUUCGACACAACUUAUUUAACCAAUAAGUAUGAUAUGCCUUUUGCGCCUUUUGUUGGAAUCAAUCAUCAUGGGCACUCCAUAUUACUUGGUUGUGGAUUGUUAUCGUCCGAAGACACAAACUCUUUUGUGUGGUUGUUCCAAUCGUGGUUGAGAUGCAUGG